AUGGAAGCUCCCUCAGGUUUGCCAUUGGGAGAGAGCAUAGUCGCUACCAUUGUCCUUUACUAUGUGACACUUGCGCUGUACCGGCUGUAUCUGCAUCCUCUGGCCCAAUUCCCUGGUCCCAAACUCGCGGCCGUGACACGAUUGUAUGAAGGCUACUACGAUCUUUACCAGAGCGGCCAGUAUACCUUCAAGAUAGCUGAACUGCAUAAGUAUUACGGCCCAAUCAUCCGUAUCAGUCCCCACGAACUUCACGUGAAUGAUGCGGCUUUCUUCGACACUCUCUACAAUCGCCAGGAAGGAGUGUGGCACAAGUACGACUGGUCAGUGGAUGCCUUUGCAACAAAAGGCGCUACUCUGUGGACGGCCGAUCACACCCUCCACAAGAACCGUCGUCUGCCCUUGGGUCCCUUCUUCUCCAAGGUCAAGGUGUCGAGUCAGCAAGACAUGAUCAUGAGACAUGUCCAAGCGCUCUUUGACAGAUUGUCUAGCUUUGCCGCGUCUAAGAAGACCGUAGACCUCGGCGCCGCCUUUACAGCAUUCGUGCGAGAUGUUGUCAACGAGUACAUAUUCGGAAAGCAUUACAACGAUCUUGGGAAGGAGGACUUUGAUGCGGGCAUGGUGGUCGCCGCUCAGGCUGGCGGUCUCCUGUGGCGCAUCACAAAGUUUAUACGCUUCUUUGGUCCCUUCAUGCGGUCCAUCCCGCCACAGUGGAUCAUGGCAGUCUCCGAUCCUGUCAUGGAGGCUUUCUUCCGCUUCAUGAUAAUUACCAUGGGAGAUACCAAGAAUUCCAUGAAGGCGGCAGUGUCCCCAGAUGACGACGGCCCACGCACUUUGGUCCAUGAAAUUGUGCAAUCCAAACUUCCACCUCCUGAGAAGUCAUUUGAACGAAUCUUUGACGAAAUGUCCACCACAACAGGUGCUGGCUACGAGACAACGGCAGCCGUCAUACGAAUCGCGGCCUUUCACAUCUACAGCGACCCCAAUAUCCUCCAGAAGCUUCGGGCCGAGCUUGCUACCGCUCCCGACUGUGACUGGAAGACGCUGGAGCAGCUUCCUUACUUGACUGCCAUCAUUAUGGAAGCCAUGCGUCUGGCUCCCGCCAUAGCCACUCGCAGUGCGCGCAUCGCCCAGGACAAAGAACUCGUUUACGCAAACUGGCGAAUACCAGCUGGUACACCCGUUGGGAUGACCCUGCACUUACUUCAUCAGAAUGAGGAAGAGUAUCCAGAGCCCGAGCGCUUCAACCCAGAUCGAUGGAUGGAUCCCAGCCCUUGGCAGCUGGGCAACAAGACCUUUGUGCCUUUCGGUAAAGGAAAACGUAAUUGUAUUGGAAUGUAUCUUGCCUGGGCUGAAAUCUACCUCCUGCUUGGCAGCAUCGUACAACGCUUCGAAUUCAAGUUUCCAAAAACGAAGGCAGAGGAUUUUUACGUCACCAAGGACAAUUUUGCACUCGGCACUCCAUCCAUGGGAGUUGUCCCUGCUCUCGUUACCGAAGUCACAGCUUGA